AUGGCGCUUGUGACCAUUAAAGGAGCCUCAUCUUCCUCUUUCACCCAUCAAUCCAAGAAUUUUGAUGUGUUUUUAAGUUUCCGAGAGGAAGAUACCCGCUAUGGUUUUACGGGUCACUUGUAUAAUGCUUUGCAUCAAAAGGGUAUUAAUACCUUUAUUGAUGAUGACUUUCAAAGAAGAGAAGAAAUUCCUACGGAGCUUCUCAAAACCAUUGAAAGCUCAAAAUUUUUGAUAAUUGUAUUCUUUCAAAACUAUGCAUCUUCUGCUUGGUGUUUGGAUGAGCUUAUCAAAAUUCUUGAGUUACGUAACCAAAAGGGUAAGAUUGGGGAAGCAUUGGCUAAACAUGAAGAACAAUUCAAGGAUAGCAAGAAGCUGAAAAGGUGGAGGGAAGCUCUAAAUGAAGCUGCUAAUUUAUCGGGUUGGCAUUACAAGUAUGGCUAUCUUGAAUUCAAAUUUAUUGAAGGAAUUGUUGAAGAGAUCUUGAGUGCCAUAUUAAGGGACACACCACUAUAUGUUGCUAAAUAUCCAAUUGAAAUAAAUCCUCGGGUAAAGGCCAUAGAAUUACUUUUAGAUAUUGAGUCAGAUGGAGUACAUGUGGUAGGAAUAUAUGGCCCUGGUGGAGUUGGUAAGACAACAAUGGCAAAAGCUACUUAUAAUAGAAUUUUUAAUCAAUUUGAAGGAAGUUGCUUUCUAGAGAAUAUUAGAGACAAAUCAAGAACAAAUGAUGGCAUAACCAAUCUACAAAAGACACUUCUUUUUGAGACCCUAGGAGAUACAAAUUGGAAUAUGGCUAAUGCAUCUCGUGGAAUCAAUGAAAUAGAGAGAAGGCUUAACAAAAAGAGGAUUCUUGUAAUUCUUGAUGAUGUGGAUGAAUUGGGCCAAAUAGAGAAAUUAUUAGGAAAAUGUGAUUGGUUUGCUUCUAGAAGUAGAAUCAUUAUAACAACAAGAGACAAACACUUGCUAGCUACUCUUGGAGAAGGUCAUUCAUCCUACAAGGUUAAGGAAUUAGAUGAACAUGAAGUUUUUGAACUCUUUAGUAAACAUGCUUUCCAAAAAAAACAACGCAUGGAAGAUUAUUUAGAAAUUGUAAACCAAGUUAUACAUUAUGCCAAUGGCCUUCCAUUAGCUCUAGUAGUAAUGGGUGCUGAUUUAUGUGGAAGAACUAAACAUGAAUGGAAAAUUGCGUUAGAUAAAUAUGAAAGAAUUCCUAAUAAAAAUAUUCAAGGUAUACUCAAAAUAAGUUAUGAAGGAUUGGACGAAAUUGAACAGGAUAUUUUCCUUGAUAUUGCAUGUUUCUUCAAGGGACUCCAAAAGCAUUAUGUUAUAGAUGUACUAGAUGCUUGUGAUUUAUGCCCAGAUUAUGGUAUUCAAAAACUUAUUGAUAAGUGCCUCAUAACUUUGGGUGAAUGUAAUGAAUUGUUAAUGCAUGACUUGCUACAACAAAUGGGUAGGGAAAUUGUUCGUCAAGAAUCACCAAAAAAGCCCGAAAAACGUAGCAGAUUGUGGAGUUCUAAAGAUGUUCUUGAAGUACUAAAUGAAAAUAAGGGGUCGGAUCAUAUUCAAGGCAUAAUGUUAUGCUCGCCAGAAAACGUGCAAUUAAAAGCAGACUUUCUUAAAAAGAUGAAAAAUCUUAGAUUGCUUAUAAUUAGUAAUGCACACGUUUGUGGAGGCAUUGAAUAUCUUCCCAAUGGAUUAAGGUUGCUUGAUUGGAGUGAAUUUCCUUUCUCUUCCUUGCCAACCACAUUUCAUCCUCAAAAACUCAUUGCACUCAAAAUGCCACAAAGCCACAUCAAGCUGGACAAGCCUUUCAAGUUCGAAAGCUUGACUUAUAUGGACUUCAGUUCUUGUCAAGAGAUUGAGAUGUUGCCUGACUUGUCAAUGGCCACACCAAACCUAAAGUGUUUGCUUUCUUGUCAGUGUAAAAGUUUAGUUGAGGUUCAUGAGUUUGUUGGAUGUCUUGAUAAGCUUAUAGCAUGGGACCUUGAGGGUUGCACUAAACUUAGAAGUCUUCCUAGGUUGCUCAAGAUGAAAUCUCUUUUGUAUCUUUGUCUUUUUAACUGCUCGAGCCUUGAGAACUUUCCUGAGAUUUCACAAGAAAUGGGAAUUUUAGUGUUUUUAGAUGUGAAUAAGACUGCUAUUACAAAGUUGCCUCAAUCGUUUGGAAAUCUCACUAGGCUUGAGCAGUUACUCCUAGGUUCUAAAGACCAAUUGGUACAUCUUCCAAUUAGCAUUUAUGACUUGCAAAAGCUUUGUGAGCUCACUAUAUAUGGCAGUGCUGAAUUUCCAAGGGCUUUUGGAGGAAAGUUAGGGCUUCCACAGGAUAUAGCAUGUUUAGGUUUGGGAAGCAACAUAUCAAUGGAUCCACAGUCAUCUAGCGGAUUGUCACUUCAUAUUGACCUCCCUUCAUUUCUCAGCACCUCUGAGUUCAUUGUAUUUAAGAAGGUUUACUUCAAAUCUGAAAGCUUGCAUGUUAAUUCUGAUGGCAAGGAUACUAGAUGUGAAUAUGAAAUCGUAGUACCAGGAAAUAAGGUUCCAAAGUGGUUCAACCAUCAAAGUAUUGAAAAUUUUAUAUCAUUCUCCAUUGGUCCAGAAUUUCCAACAAUUUCUCUGUCUUGCUUUUGGAUUGCUGGAUGA